CUGAGCAAAAAAACCAAAUAAACAGUUAAGAGCCUCCUUGUGGAAAGAAUUUUCCUGUGUCAGCAGCUGCCAAGAAGGCACAUCCUCAGUGGAACGAUGGGAGACAAAAAGAAAAUCAGCCUUCCUGCAAAAUUAAUCAAUGGAGGUAUAGCUGGGCUUGUGGGGGUGACCUGCGUCUUCCCCAUUGAUUUAACCAAAACACGUCUCCAGAACCAGCAAGUUCAAGGCGUCUACACUGGGAUGCGGGAUUGUUUGAUGAAGACUCUUCGCUCAGAAGGGUUCUUCGGGAUGUAUCGAGGAGCCGCUGUAAAUCUAACUCUGGUUACUCCUGAAAAAGCAAUCAAGCUGGCAGCCAAUGAUUUCUUCAGACAUUUACUCACCCAGGAUGGAAAAAAGUUGACCUUGGUGAGGGAGAUGCUGGCUGGCUGCGGAGCUGGGACUUGCCAGGUGGUGGUCACGUCCCCAAUGGAAAUGUUGAAAAUCCAACUCCAGGAUGCUGGGCGGUUAGCUGCUCAUCAGCAGAAGGCGUUGACACACGAUGGCCCAGCUGGCCCCGCCUCCCAUCCACUGCAAGGCCAGCCUCAUGCUUCUGGAUCCACAGCAGCCUCCAAACGGCCCUCUGCCACUUUGAUUGCCAGAGACCUCCUGCGAACCCAGGGACUAGCAGGCCUGUAUAAAGGGCUGGGGGCCACCCUGCUCAGGGAUGUCCCUUUCUCAGUCAUAUAUUUCCCACUCUUUGCAAACAUCAACGAGCUGGGGCAGAAACAUCCUGAAGAAAAAGCUUCUUUCUUGCACUCCUUCAUGUCCGGCUGCGUGGCAGGAUCCGUGGCUGCGGUGGCAGUGACCCCACUGGACGUUCUAAAAACCCGAAUUCAAACCCUCAAGAAAGGCCUCGGAGAGGACACCUAUAAUGGGAUCAUCGACUGUGCCAGGAAGAUCUGGAUUCACGAGGGCCCUGCUGCCUUCAUGAAAGGAGCUGGAUGCCGUGCACUGGUGAUCGCUCCUCUCUUUGGCAUAGCUCAAGGGGUCUAUUUCAUCGGCAUUGGAGAAUACAUUUUGGGAUUUUUUCAGUAGUGCCUACUCCUGCUGACUGCACAAGCUCUCUAGACGGACUGUUAGAAGGGCAGCAGGACUGUCCUGUGAGCACGGAUAGACCGACGGCAAGCAAGACGCCAGGAUGCUCAGUGCUACAUCACGGUGUCCAGCAUUCUGUUUCCUAGUAACAAACUCCAUGAGUCCCAGAGGGGGUGAACUGGCAAUGCUGACUCCUUGUACUCUUACGGCAGCCAUCUUAUGUUAAUGCAACUACCACUGAGCUUGGUUUUUUUUUCUGCAGAAAGGGGCAUAGGACCAGGAAUACUUCUACUCUAGUUGGGCCAAAAGUUGCUCUUCAAAACUAGAAUAUCUAGUAACUGAUCCUUAAAACAAGGCAUAGAACAGCAGCAGAGGUAUCCAAAGCCAUCACCAUUCAUAGGAACAGCUACCCUUAAGGGAGAUGGGGUGGAUCUUAUGUUUUCUGUUGCACAUGACAUUCAAAUAACUCCUUUUAGUUAUUUUUCUUUUGCUUUGAGAGUUUAGUGUUCUGAUGCCUUUCUUUUUUUUUUGCUGUUUCUCUGAAAACGGGGGAGGAGAGAAGAGAGAAUGCAAUAGUGAUUGCAGGGAAACCACCAGAGGUUAAAUAGUAAUUAAGGGCUUGUUUGUUCUAAGCCCAAACUGUUAUAUCUCACCAGCAGUCUGGUCAGACAAUAUUGAACAAGGUUAGCUUUUUAAAGUGGUCUCUUCCUUUGCAUCGAUGCUCAUUUAGUGGCUGGGACAUUUUUCUAUCCCACACAAGGAAGUAAAACAAGCCAGUGACCUUACUUAGAUCUGCUAGAGAUGACGCACAGGUUUUCAAAUUCAGGCUGAAAGAAUCGUGCCCUUGGGCAAACAAGCGUUGAGGUUUAGGCAUCAGUGUGCUGAAGAAGGAAAGCACUAAUUAUGAUCAGAAGCAAACCUAAGUAAUGGCGCUGUUAUUAGAAAGGCUUAUAAACUGUACAGUUAACACAGGCUUCUUUUUAAAAAAGUGCCGUCUACAAAGUCAGGCCGGUCCAUUGUCUGUUCUGACCAGCAAUGGCUCAGGUCUUCUGCAAAAAAUUCCUUAAGCCUCCUCCUGUAUGUGGUGCUUGAACCUGGGACUUCCUCUGAGUCAAGAGGCCUUCCUGUAGCAGGUGCUGACUGCUUUAUAAGCCAACUGUAUGAAAAGUAUUCAUUGCCUGUGGUGCUUUUCUCUGGUGCUUUCACAGUUGUACAAUUUGACCUCUUACGUUUCUGCUAUGGUGUGUUCUCUGCACAAUGAUUUCCUCAAAACCACCUUGCUAUUUUUUGAAGAAGCCUUGCUGUCCCACCCCAUCUUUUCAGUGUGUGUCACUAACAUGUUAAUUGCAGCCUUUUGUCUCACUUUGUAUGUUUCUGCCAUGGCAUACAGCUUCAGUCAGUAGAGUACCAAAAGCAAACAGCCAUGGAUUGUCACAGACAUAUGUUAGGGUCAUGGCAUCAUGUGCCAAGUAAAGAUUUUCUUCCCCAAACAGCCAGAUUUGAUGUGUUAAAUGGUUUGGUUCUAAAGGAGAAUCACUGGCCAACAGUAUCACUUUUUCAUCACUACUGCUUGUCCCUUGAAGAAGCAAGCAGAAGAGCUUUACCCAUCAAUAGCCUCCCAAAAGAUGAAACAAAUCCUGCAAAGCUGUUAAGAGUGCUACAGUUGGGGAGCUCUUUCAUCAGCAUCCUUAACUCUAGGAAUAUGACAGGCAGAGUCACUGUGACUUAAAUUAGUGGAAUAUUGGCAGAAGCUUAGUAUUCUUUCCUUGGGGGGGGAUUCUUCCUGUGCUUUAAUAGGUGAAGAUGGGAAGGUAGCAGUGUAAGGGGAAUAAUUACAAUUUCUGCUGUUUUCAAAUAAAACUUUAACAUGUAUGA